AUGGCGGACAUGCCUUGGGAUCCUUCGUGGAAGCUCUUCACGGAUUAUCGCUUCUGGACCAUUCUCUAUCUUUUUAUAGAGAUCCCCCUCUGUCUCCUCCGAAGCUUGAGAUCGAUUUCUUUCGCUUCGCUUGGAUCGGUUAUUGUGAUGAUUCUGUGCUGCAUUGUGAUUAUCAUGUACUCUGCUUUCUCUUCAUCUAAUAACAAUGGUAGUUAUGGAGCUGUUUAUUACGGAUUCUCCUGGGAUAAUCAAUUCCUCCAUGUCGACAGCACCUUCGAAAUCGGCAAAUGUUUCGGUCUGCUAUCUUUCGGUCUGGCUGUAAACUGCCUGGUUCCGUCGUCCUAUGUAUCGAUGCAGCACCCGGAACGCAUCUCUCCUAUCAUCAGCAUCAGCAUCAUCUUCGCGUUGUCGCUGUAUGUGGCGAUGGGAAUCCUUGGAUUGCUGACGUUCAACAAGGUCGAGGAGGGAAUCAACGUGUUCAUCAUGCUGAACAUCCCGCCUCAGACGCCCUAUUUCUACAUUUCCUCGGCCGUUCUUUGUCUGAUGCUCAUUCUCAUCACUCCCAUUAUCGUUUAUCCCUCCUCCCUCACCAUCGAUUCCUGGUUCCGCGCCUGCUUCGGCCAGAAGGUCGAUCAAACCGUGGAUCUCACGCAGCCUCCGGCCAUCGAAGCGGACAAGCAGCAGAACAAAGAGUCGACGCUUCAAGAGAUCGUCAACGUGGAGGAACCGCUCGUAGCAGAUCCGCGCGAGGUGAACGGAAGCAUCUUUAUCAAUGAUGGGGCUGGAAUCGCCGCCCGAGUUGUGCCUUUAGUAAUUAUGACGGUCAUUGCGUACGUGUGGCCAAAGUUCAGCAAUGUUGUAUCGAUUACAGGAGCGUCCGCAACCUCGUUCGUGAAUUUCAUUUUCCCGACAAUGCUCCAUUUUGUACUGUUUAGGAAGGAGCGUAAGGCACUCGCCGUUCUGGAUGUGCUGCUGACUGCCUUCGGCUUUUUCGCAGCCAUUCUCGGAACUUACAUGUCUCUAUUCUAA